AUGGAGCCCAAAACGCACUCAGUCAAAACUGCUGCUACCCCCAUGCAUCAAGCCAAAUAUUCCGUAAACACCAACAACGGGAAGAAAAGGUCACACAAACAGAGAGUCAAGAAUCCGUCAAAAAGAGAACGAAGGAAGCACAACAGGCAUCCACGUCACAGUGACGGCUCUUCCGCACCCGAUACGAACGAGGAUAAUGACCAGUUUGCCAACGAUGAUGGUUCCUCUGACUCAGAAUCCCUCUUAUCAGACUCGGAGGACGAGAUGUCUCAACGCAAGACUAAAUCGAAAAGACAUCCUGGAGCUACCACAGCCAAGAAAUCUCGUCCCAUUGCUUUCCAUUCCACUAGAAAGAGCAAGGCUUCCAAGAGAAGCAAUCUAUCCCCGUCUCCAUCGUCUUCUUCGUCCGAAACCGACUCGAACUCUUCAAGCGAUGAUGACGAUGAUGACGACGGCUUGACCAAGGUCUCAAUGACAGCCCAGCAGAUGCAGCUAUUCCAGCAUUGGCAACGCAGCAACGGCACCUUGCCGCUUGGCGGCGAUAAUGGUCCGGCUUUCUGGCCCCCUCCUCCCAGGCGCGGCGGCAGCCUUGGCUUGGGAGAUGCUGGGCUUGGUGAGAAUCCCAUGUUCGGCAACGGAACUAGAGCCAGAGCACGGGCAACGCCGCCGUCGUCGAAAAAGAAAUCAAAGCUGGACUUCAAGCGCGUUGACCAAGUCUGGGACAGCGCUAUCCACCAAUACAAACUCCAGGACACGGCGGCAAGUACCUCAGAGACGCAGUACAGCGGAUACGUUCUCCAGGUCAGACGAACUUUUGACUGGGAGGGGAAGUACAAGGCCACCGUGGUCGACGUCAAAAGCAAACUUCUUCGCGAAGUUUUGCAGGAGGUCAUGGGUAACAUCAAAGGCGUCAGCUUGGUGGAUGAGACGCCGAAAAUUGAUCCCAAUAUGCUGUUUCUCUAUCUGGAAGACUUUCGAAAAUUUGAUAAGCAGCUGAAGAAGUCAGUGGUGGUCAGCGCCGAUAAGAAGGAACGCAAGAAGCGCAAGAAGCACAUCAAAACCAAGCGGCAGCAUCUCAAAGUUCUUCUGAAGUACGUUGAUAAGGACUAUGCUCACGUGAAGAAGAGUUUGUAUCCUAUGCUUGAAAACGGACUCAUCACGUUCGAGCUGCUCUGGGCACUUUUCAAGCCCAAUACGCUGGUUUACACAACGACUUACGGAUCUCCUGACGAGCCUCGAGUCUUCAAAGUGGAGCAGGCAGAAAAGCUGACCAGCGUGACCAAAGGAGGAUUCUACUGGAUCGACGGUAAAUUGAGUGUCACUUCGUUUCUUUAUGUCGCUGCGAGACAUCAACUUACACUAUCACCGUAUCUGGAGUUUGACGGGAAGCGGUUCGGCUACGGCACUCUCUACGAGAAAAUCCUAGAGUUCCGAGGAGCGCGCAAGAUCACCAGUCUCUGCGCUUUCCCGCUCGACUUCCAUAAAGACAAGGGGGCCGUCGAGGCCGCUUUGAUCGAUCGAGGCAAAAGAUUUGUGCAGCUUGCAUAUUACAAGAAGAAGAAGGCUGUGAUCAAAGUCAACGUCAAUAGCCGCGUGAUGGUCGACCCUGCCAUUCACCGCAGGAUCAACCCCAACUACCAAGUCUCCGUGGUCCGACCCAAGGACCACGACGUCUUGUCCGAUUCCGCGGACUCUGACGAGGAAGACCCGUGCGGCCAAGGCUCAGAUGAUGACAAUGGGAAUGGGAGCGAUGAUGAUGCCUGCGGGAAGAUGGUAACAAAGGUGGUGCGUGAUGCAAAGGGCGGUGUUCGCAUGGUUCGUGUCCCAAAGUCUGAUCUUGAGAACUCGGCUCCAGCAGAGAAGCUCGAACAGGUCAAGGAGGCUGAGGACGAAAGCCUAUCUGGUGCAUCUCGUCAAGACGGCGAAAGGUCGAAGGAAGCGCCGAUGUUCUCGGAGGAAGACUAUCUCAUUGCAUCGUCUGUUGUUCUGGGGUUUUCCUUCUCCGAGAAGCUAUGGCUUGAGUUCACCGUGUCGGGGAUUGAUGAAAUUCAAUGGAACGACAGCGCUUACGACUCUCUUGUGCUCGAGUCUAAGCCGAAGGACAUCGUUAAAGCACUAGUUGAGUCCCAUAAGUACCAUGCUGCCGAGAGCAUUGAUGAUGUGAUUCAAGGAAAGGGAAAGGGGCUUGUCGCGGUUCUCCAUGGACCUCCCGGUACAGGAAAGACGCUCACAGCGGAGGGCAUUAGCGAGCUUCUCAAGUGUCCCCUCUACAUGGCAUCCGCCGGAGAGCUUGGCACCGACUCGCGCUACCUUGAAGCAGAGCUGCAGAAAAUCCUUGACAUUUGUCAUGCUUGGGGCGCCAUCCUGCUCCUUGACGAGGCCGAUGUGUUCCUCGAGAAGCGGAACCUCCACGAGAUUGCCCGCAACGCGUUGGUUAGCAUCUUUCUGCGUCAGCUGGAGUACUUCCAAGGCAUCUUAUUCCUGACCACGAACCGAGUCGAGACAUUCGACGACGCUUUCCAGUCCCGCAUCCACAUUGCCUUGCGGUACGAGAGCCUCAACCAAAAGGCAAAGAAGUCCAUCUUCAAGAUAUUUGUCGAGAGGGUCCGUGUCCUCGAGAAGGUCGACCUCAAACCUUUCAGUGACGAAGACUAUGACGACCUUGCAAAGCACAACCUGAACGGCCGACAGAUCAAGAAUACCGUCCGCACAGCGCAGGCCUUGGCCGUCAACAAGGGUGACCCCCUCAGCAUGGACCACAUUAGGCAGGUCCUCGAUGUCCAGAACAGCUUUGACCUUCAUCUAAAGGGUGGAGAGUCGUACAAGGACGCCAUGCGGAGCUACUACUGA